UUGGCUCCGUUCUCCGGAAAUAGUUCAGCUCAUUUAUUUGUGUUUGCAGCAAGUUCAGUUGCGGAAUAGCGACUAGGUGGACAUUAUUUUAUCCGACGAAAUUGAUUGAGCCCACUUUAAAAAUCGUACGGAAGCAAAUUUGAAAAUACGGGUUCAAUAGAUAGGGAGCUAGAUACCGUAAGGUGGGUGGAGAAGGCAGAAAAUACUGAUUGUCCAACGCACCAGCGAAGGAAGACGAUCAUGGUUAGUCCUGAUAAUGUGGAACAGUCGCUCCGGAAUCUUUCGAUCUCGUCGAUGGAUGGUCACCCGGGCAGCAACGGGAGUGGAUCGGAUAUAGAGGAAAACAAGAACCUCAAGUGGACCCUCCCGCUAAAGGAGCUAUACAAGAUGGCUUGUGCGUUCUAUAAAGAGAAAUCCGGCAAAGCGAUACACCUGAGCUACGAAGAUAAUUUGAAGUUAAUUGCUUUUACGCAACAGGCAGCCCAUGGUCCGUUGGAUCCCAGCAAGGCACCCCAGCUGGGUAUGUUUGAUGUCAUUGGAAAGGAUAGGAGAAUUGCGUGGCAACAUUUGGGUACGAUUACGAAGCUCCAGGCGAUGGAGGGUUUCAUAGAUCUGCUGGAUCGAUUGUGCCCGCAAUUCAAACCGUAUGUUGAAGCGAUCAAGAAAGAUCGCGAGGAAAAAGCACGACAGGCACAGGUAGAGGAAGCCAGAAGGAUAGAGCAGGUUGAGAAGGAACAGGAAAAACUGGUAGAGAUGAAGAGGAUCGAAGAUGAGAAGAACAGAGAGGAAAUCCAGAGACGCCAACUUCAGGAUGCUCUGAAUCAGCAAACGUAUCACCAGUUUAAGGAUUACGCUGAGAAACAGUUCCCAGGAAAUCCUGAGCAACAAGCGGUACUGAUUAGGCAGUUGCAGAACGAACACUAUCAUCAGUAUAUGCAGCAACUGCAGGCACAAGUUUCUAGCAAUUAUUCCCAAAUACGAGCAACCAGUGUGGAGAGUGAACCUGCUGAAGUCGAUGGCAACGCAGCGAAUGAGCAGCAUUCCGGAUUCCAGGUGGACCAGUCCAACAGCGUCAAAGAGAACAGUCAGCUGGAGUACAAGGAGCAGUGCGAUAGCGAUGACGAGUCAGGAGAGUAUGCUGUCAUAAACCCCGCCAACAUGUGGACAAAACCUGAUGUGAAACUGUUCAAACAGGAAGUAACCUCCGGAAAGGGUGACGGAGUCAUUCGAGUCGGACACGGCGAUACAGUCACUGUCCGAGUUCCCACGCACGAAGGCGGUUCCAGUCUAUUUUGGGAAUUCGCCACCGACAAUUACGAUAUCGGAUUCGGAGUUUAUUUUGAGUGGGGAAAACCAAUGACAACGGAGGUUUCGGUGCACAUCAGCGAGAGCGACGAAGACGACGACACGCUGGAGGAUGAUGAUGUAGUUUGCACGGAUGAUCUCGAGUGUGGUGGACAGCAGCAGCACAAACCGCAGUACAACGGUGGCGGCAGCAGCAGCGCUUUGGCCAACCGGAAUCCGAUUUCAAUUAUCGUUCCCAUCUAUCGGCGCGAGUGUCAAACCGAAGUCUACGCCGGAUCGCACAGUUACCCGGGCGAGGGAACCUAUCUGCUCAAGUUCGAUAACAGCUACAGCCUGUGGCGUUCGAAGACGCUCUACUAUAAGGUGUUUUAUACGCGAUAAUCGUUCUGCGGCUGGCAGUCGGUUGUUCCGUUAUAGAUAGGAACGCGGGAGAGAGCGCAUUUUUACGAGAUAAGAUUUUUUGUAAGGGCCUCUUUAGGCAAACGCUCUGUUCUCUGUUACUCUAAUCGAACAUGUUUUCUGUCUCUAUUAUUCUAUGAAUGUACCUUUAACAAAAAUAACUAGGAGGAAAUGUUGCACACACAAAGACCACAACUGAAAGCGUACGAAGUCUAGUUAAUUUAUUGCCGAACGCAGUUGUUUGUUAGUUGAAUAGAUUUUAAAUGUAGCAUGUACACCUACUCUGAAGAGAAAAACACCCAAGUUGACAGAAAAGAAAGGUAUCUUAUUCCCCCCAUUGGACUUAGGUGAAUCUUUAUUCGCUGGAAACGGCGAUGUAAACUAUUGAACUAAAUGAUCCCAAUGCUGUCCAGAAAAUGGUAAAAUAACUCAUAUUGCAUGAUGGAUGUACUGUCCCUGUGAAGAUGCGACUAAGUGAAUCGAUUUAAUUCAAAUAAUAAAAGUGAACAUGAUGUUAUUUGAUGUCAU